ACUGUUCAGUACAAUACUUGUGAAGAUGCUUUGGACCCUGAAUCGGUAAACAUUAUCAUUUCUUGAUACGAGACAUUAUAUAAGCAAGGAUGUUUUUCAGUCUGCGCGAGUUAACCCUGUGGCUUGGAGUAACUAUAUUAGAGGUGUUUGUCUGGCUCACAGCACUACUAGUGACACUAGUACUGGUGGUCCUUAGAGUUGAAGGAGUUAUGCCCACAGUGAGCUGGUGGGUCGUAUUAUCACCUAUGUUCAUUGCCGACGCACUCAACACCUACUUCUGUGUCAUAGUUCUUAUUCGAAUGUACUUGGAUGGCGUUUUAAAGCCUGCAGCUUUAAGAGCUCUAUGGAGUUUUUCUGUGCUAACACUUGGGUUUACUUUUAAAUUUCUUUUGUGUAGAAAAUUAAUGGAACCCUCUCAGCUUGAAUAUUCAGCAGUAAUGUCUCCUGUGUUUGUCCUCCUGCAAUUGAUAUUAAUAAGAGCUUGUCAUCUUAACUGAAUAUUUAGAAAAGGACAAUAGGUUUCAGAAGGAUGCAUUGGCAAUUUUAAUUAUUGCCGUUUUAAGAGAUCAACGUUCUGAACAGUUUAUUAGUAAUGUUGGAAAUAUAAUUUUUACUUUAGUCUUGUAGAUUUUCUUAACAUAAUAUUUUGGCUUAUCAAGUGAUUAGUUGUUUAAUAUUGUACAAGGAAAAAUAAGAAUCUGAAUAUACUGUAAUACAAUUCCAAAGGUUUAUUCAUCUAUUUAAAUCUGUCAAAUUAACAAGAUUUUCAUUAUUACAGAACACUAUACAAACACAUCUAUACAACUUUGUACGCUGAAGAAAUUACACAAUGUAAAGUAGUUUACUACAGUAUCAGUAGAGCAUGACUGAUCACCCAAAACAUCUACAAUCCUAUCAGAUUGCACCUUUUACAACCUUAGGAUAACUUUGCAGGGUUUUUUUUUUUUUUUUUAUAUCAAUCUUAGUAGAGGCCAGAACAGUGAGGGCCAGUUGCUGGGUAUAAUCUAUAAAACCCAGCAACUUAUUGCCACGUAUAAGGUAAUGGCAUUAAAUAUUCAAAACUACAUUAAUUUUAACAUUUACCAAGCAAGUCGCCUAACAUUAUCAAUCUCAGUACUGUACUGUAAAACUACAUAAUAAAGAUAAACAAAUGUUUAA